ACAGGGUCGCAUUUGUAGGAAAUCGGGCAAGUCCAAGAAAGCUUUCAGUCGUAAAGAAGCCGAGGCCACCUUCAAGUCCCUGGUGAAGACCCACGAGAAGUACGGCUGGGUGUCCCCCCCUAUCUCCGACGGCUGAGUGCUCAGCCUCCACUUCCCCGACCCCCUCGUGCUAGCCGGAACCCCCACCCCAGCUAGCUUUGACACGCAAAACGACACACCACGCUAACUCAACUUUCUCAUCUUCACCCUCGGCUGUUUGGUUUACGACUGUAUUUAUUUCCUUUGAACUUGUAGUUUUUUUGUGCGAGUGUUCUUCAUUUGUUUUCCAACGUCAUCUCCAGCAUCAGCUAGCGGAGAGCGGACACGCAGUCAUUCCUGUCAACAACAACAAAAAGAAGAAACUCUUCAGUCUUUUCGCAGAAGGAUUCUUUCCUUGUUUUGGGAAUACCUGGGAGCGAGGAGUGUGUGGUUGAGUGUGUCACCUCAUAAUAAAUCAGCUGGCAGUGUGCCCACAUGCAUUGGAGUGUGCAUUAUUCUUGGUGGAUCCAUUUUUUUGGGGGGGUGGGUUGUUUUCACUCCCAUGCAUGUGCAAUUGGACAAAUUGGAUAUUACCGACCUUUUUCCACCGAUGUGAAAGACUACUGAACGAAGGAGACUCAUUUCCCUCUGCUCUGACUCCAUCCCUUGCCACCCCUCUCCACCUCACCGAACUGGCGUCCCGUCCAACCAUCCCUGUCGCCGCCGAGUCAUUUACAUGUAAAUGAAGCUGUUAAUGUUUAAUAGACGUGCAGCGUGUUGGCGUUUAGGCCCAUUCGUUCACUCCUCCCUUUUUUCUUUUCUUUCGACUGUGCCGUUGCUCACGAUUCAAUGCAACAUAAAGAUUGUAAUUUACAUAGAGCUGUGCUCUCUUUCGUUCUCUUUUCUGUCUCUCGUGGCUAAAUUCACUGUUGUGUAGAUGCUUAAUGGAGAAAAAAGUCACAUGUUGCUUUAUGUAGAGAUUAUGUAUGAUACAUAGAAUAACAGCCUCAUUCUCUCAUGCCUGUGUGUGUAGGAGUGGAAGAAUACUACAAUUCCCAUGAUUUAGAUACCAGAUGGUACAGCUGGAGGCGGGGCCUCAGUAUGCGUGAGCGAGAAAGACAACCCUUUAAACAGUAAACUAAUAUGAUUUACUGUGAACUAUGGCCUAAAGGUUGUGCCGUUUCAUUUUUCCUGCUGCGUCGUUACCACUCUCGUUCCACCGUCUGCGUCCGCUCUUUAUUGAUAUUACCGUAAAGAUGAUUGCAGUUGUCACCUAACAUUCCCCUCUUCUGUCUUUCCAUCCGUCUGAAGGACAACAGGCUAGUAGAGAAACAAAAAACAAACUUUUAGACUCACGCACUUGACCUCGCCCACGCUUAUCCACCUUGGCAGCAGCAGUAACACCUUGAAAUGAAGACAGGAGCUGGAGCGCCGCUGCAGAUGGAGUGGUGCUUUAAAUGAGUGUCUACUUCAGAGCGCACCUGAUUGAUGUCUGCUGCACGGGGAAGCUGAAGGCAGUAGGAAGAGGGGGGGGAAGCUUUGAUCACUGCUGCCUGCUUCUCAGAAAAUGUCAGGUGGCUUGCAAAAUGGCUGAAGACAGAUAUUAUUUGCUCUAUCUGCUGCACGUGCUUCUUGGGUUCAAACCUUUAAAAGGACUUUAAUAAGUGUACAGCUGCGACCGUGAAUCAGUCAUAGUGGGCAGGUUGUCUGUUCGCUCGGUCCGCUUCUUGUUCCGCUACCUGCCAGGGAAAUGUCAGAGGAAAAGCUGCUAAUUGGUCUGACAUUUUAGGAAGCGCGUCAUUAGGAGAGAGCAGCAAGAGCGGGAGGGUGGAGGACGUCAGAGCCUGCUGCUCGGCAUCUUCCUCUUCCAGUUUCUGGUGGGAGGGGCUUGUUGUUGAGCAGGUUGCGCCGUGCUGCGGGCGCCAUCUUUGAGCCAGUUUUCAAAACUCUGCUUGCGUUGCAUUGGUGGCCGAUAGCUAAAGCCUCUCUGUGCACGUGUCACACUCCCAUCACUAAUACAAUAAAAAGAGAGAGAAACAGCAACGCACCAUCUGGUAUUUCAUCAUGUAUGAACGUGUGCUAGUGCUCUUUGAAUUUGGCUAGUCAUUUCAGGGUUGAUCGUAUAGUGAUCUCUUGGCUUGUCAACAGAGAAAACUGUAAACCGAACUAUUAUUAUUAUUACAAAAUAUCUCAAAAAAACUUGAGUGUUCGCUGGUUUCAACAGAAUCAUUUUGUGAUAGAGUAUAGUCUGGUAGUCUGCAGAAACUAACUGGGUGAACUGAUUAUUUGUAUUAUAUCUGCAUGUGAUCUGUGAUUGGUAGCUAGCUACUGUAUACUUUUUUAUUUUCAAGAAAAGCAAGAAAAAAACGACGUUUAAACAAAAAUGCAAAUGCUUCUCUUUAUUCUCGUUUGGUUUUCCUUUCUUACGUUGAGUUCUGUAUUGUACAGACUUUCCCUUUUCGUUCUGUGUCCUAAAAUUGUCACAUUGUGUUCUAUGAAUGUUUGUGUUUUAAUUUAUUUGUGGUUUGCCAAAAUGAUGAUUUGAAGCAUGUUGCAGGUAUUGUUAUGAGAAAAUGAGAAGAAAAAAAUACUGUGUUUGUGUGAUGGGAAGGUGGGAUUAUUUGAGGGGUGGGGGGUUCAGGGAGCAAAGACAGACAGACAAAAUAAAGCCUCAACAUUAGAAUGAUUUUUUUUUUAGUUUAUCUACUGUAAGUGGAAACAAGAAAAGUCCUUCACUCCUUUGAGUACUUCCUUGUUUCCGCCACAAUGUCACCACUUCCCCAUUGGUCCUGCUCAGUACACUGAUUUGGCUCGUUGCAACCUUUCUUGACUGAUCCAGGAUCAGUUUGGCCUCCCAACACUUCAAAUCAGACUCAUCAAGAGAACCUGUUAUCAGUUAGCAGCUUUGUUCCAAUCCAGACUCGAGUGUUCGGUCCAAACCAAGGUCUUAAAAGUUCGAAAGGUGAAAGGUCGUUGCAAGACCAAACAGGAAUGUGCAAUAAACGUUACAGCUUAUUGAAA